CAGAUAAUGGCAGAUAAUGCUAUUAUCAACAUUACCAGUAAAAAGCAAUACACAGUGCGUUAGAAAUUUGAUUGAACAUUCCCAGCUAACCUGGAAGUUAUCUAUCGUACAUUAGUAUAAUUUAAGAGUAUUAAUAUAUAAUUUUAUUGAUUAUAUUCUGGGCUACACCCUGUAGCUGUACUGAACACACUAAAACAAUCAUGUCCUCAUUAACUUCGGAUUUGCGGCAAAGAGCUUCCCAAGCAACGACAACGCCAUCAUCUUCUGGAGACGACGAUAAACAUAAAGAUGCAGGAAUUAGAUCUCAAGCUUCAGCCUCUGAUACAGAUGAAGAAGAUUUACCUGUAAAGCCAUCAAAGCCGAUAGUUAAUGAAGGACAAGGGUCUGAUGUUCUAGACAGUGCGUUAAAAGAUUUUUCCCCAAGGUGGCGAAACUGGCUAAUCCGUGGAAUUUUUACAUGGCUGAUGAUUUUUUCUUUUGCAAUUCUUAUUUAUUUUGGACCAUUGGCACUUGUGCUUGUAACAUUUGCCCUACAAAUAAAAUGUUUUCAUGAAAUCAUCACCAUUGGAUAUAUUGUAUAUCGCUCAUAUGACCUGCCAUGGUUUCGAACCUUGAGUUGGUAUUUCUUGUUUGCUUCCAACUUUUUCUUUUUUGGAGAAAGUAUGAUUGGAAAUUUUGGAGUUUUAUUGGCUCGUACUGAUUUUUUGCGACCUUUUGUGACAUACCAUAGAUUUAUAUCAUUUUCUCUCUACACUGCCGGACUAGUUGGCUUUGUCUGCAGUCUAGUCAAGAAACAUUAUUUAAAACAGUUCACUUUGUUUGGAUGGACUCAUGUGACACUGCUACUUGUUGUUGCCCAGUCACACUUCAUUGUUCAAAAUGUUCUAGAGGGUCUUAUAUGGGUACUUGUUCCAGUAUCCAUGAUCAUCUGCAACGACAUAAUGGCAUAUAUGUUUGGAUUCUUCUUUGGACGUACUCCUUUGAUAAAGUUGUCUCCUAAAAAGACGUGGGAGGGUUUUAUUGGAGGCGCCUUCUCAACUAUAAUCUUUGGCAUCAUUCUGUCAUACUUUCUUGUACAGUAUGACUACUUUGUGUGCCCUGUGUCAUACGACGAGUCUAAAGAAUCCCUCUCAAUGGAGUGUGAACGAUCUCAUGUCUUUCUCAUCUAUCAAUACAGCCUGCCUGAAACUAUUAGAGUCCUGUUCUCACUGGUGGGAAUAUCUAAAACAACAAUCAGCAUGUAUCCAUUCAUCCUGCAUUCAAUUUCUCUGUCCAUUUUUGCAUCUGUAAUUGGACCUUUUGGUGGAUUUUUUGCUAGUGGAUUUAAGAGAGCUUUUAAAAUCAAAGAUUUUGGAGAUACCAUCCCUGGCCAUGGUGGAAUUAUGGAUCGUUUUGACUGCCAGUUUCUAAUGGCAACAUUUGUUCAUGUCUACUAUCAUAGCUUUAUUAAAGUGAUGAACCCCCAAAAUAUUGUCCAGAGUGUGUUAAUGCUGAAGCCAGAGCAGCAGAUAAAAGUGUUCACCAUGCUGCGAGACAAACUGAUGCAGCGGGGGUUGAUUGAAAAUGUAACCGCGGCAAUCACUGAAUCUAUGUAAGGUCUCACUACAUGUCAUUUAGCUCAUCCUGUUGGUUUAUUGUUUUAAAUGGAAGUCUUUUAAUCUUUCAGUGUUAUCAAUAUUUAUUUAGAUUCAGUUCUUGUGGUGUUAUUACAGAUAACAAAUUUCUGCAUGUGGUUUUGUAAACAUAAAAGUAUAUAUAUUUUAUAAACAUAUUGUCAUUGUUAAAUAUUCACUAGAUUAAAUUAUAAAACAGUUUAAAAUAGUUUUCAUCAUUUUAUCUUCAAUGUAUUUCGGUAAAAAUAAUUAUAUUUGAAACUGAAAUAAAAAUUGUACACAUUGUUAUUUAUAUAUUGUGUUUUUAGAUAGCCAUAGUGUUUAUUGUUUUUAAUUGGCAUAUAUUAAAGUUGUGUGAAUUGCUUUGGAUUCUAUAAUAAUUAUAAAUAAGCCAGUAACCAAAGCUGCUCUUAUAAGUGAAUGCUAGUUUGAACGUGUAUUUAAAUGUAAUGCUUAAUUCGUACUACUCCUUUUUUUUUAUUAUUAAAGUAAGUUUUGAAUUAAAUGAUUUUUACUUUUUGUGUGAAAGAAUUAAAAAUUUAACCAAAGCAGAUGAGCAUUCCUUUCAAGUUUUGCAGAGCAGUUUUUAAUAGAGUUUUUGGUUUUAAAAAACUGAUUCAGUAUAUUUUAGUUUGUACAUGUUCUUAAAUUGUAAUUCAAUAGUUGCUAUCUUUACCACAACUUGCAAUAAUUAUUAAAUUCAUAUUUUUAAAAAGGAAAUGUCUAAUUAGACUAGGGAUUGACGAAUAUGAAUCUAAUUUAUAACUCUUUCACAUCAGGUAUUAAUUUUUAAAAGAAUGGUUGGUUGCUACUUAGCAACCACUUUGUCCUCAGUUCGUUGGAAGUGGCUACUUCAACGUUCAAAGUAUGAUGUAACUGUAAUACUAUUAUUCAAAAUAGAUGUAUUAUGAUUAAGUGCAACCAAAGAGGAUGAAUGAUGCAUAAUUUUUUAGAUCGUGUGUAAUUGCAAUUUUUCAACAAGAAUAAUUUAUUUUCAUUAGUUAGGACUUAGGUAAUUGUUUUAAAAAAAAUAGAUGGUUUAGUGGCAAAAGAGUAAUUUGGUUUUAAUUUAUCUUAAGAUAAUUACUUUUUAAACCCAACUUUUAGAUGUUUGUUGGUGAUUGUUUUACUAAUGGCUUUGUUCUUAUACAUAUUUUUCCAUGAUGGCUUCUAACUUUACUCUUUAUUUUUUAAUAAACAUUAUUUCUUUUUAUUUUCUCUUUAAAAAAAUUGAAUCUAAGCCUACAAUUUGUACUACCUUUUAAAUUUAAAAAAAAUUCUAUUUUCAAAUAAUUAUGUUGAGAAAACUAUCUAUGUUAAAUGUAUUUUAUCAUAUAUAAUAUAAAAACAUGUCAUUAGUUGGUUGUUCAUUAAAUAUUUCAGUGAUAGAAACUUGAUCUGUCAUUUUGUCUGUUUAGUUUUAUAAUUUUUAUAAGUAAUUAUAUUGCUAUUAAAACACUGACAUGCAUACUUAAAUUAAGAUACAUAUUUCUUUGAAUGGAAACAAUACCAUGAUUGAUGUUUUGCUAGAUUUUUUUUAUCAAGAGUUUAAAACCAACAUUAUUUUUGCUGUUACUGUUUCUUAUUUAAAAUUUUAUCAGUAGGCCUAUAUUACAUCAAACCAUUAUUUUAAGAGAAUGUACAUUAUUUUUUUCAAUACUAAUCAGAGAUGGAGAAAAGUUAAUGAGUUGUUGGAAAAUGUAAAAAAUGUUAGAAUCUUCCAUUUAGUUUAAAUAAUAGUGAUCAAAAUCCUACUGCUUAAAAAUGUAAACAUCUAGUAUUAAGUCCUACAAAAAAUGUACCAUUAAGAUGUUGCUUAAAUUUAAUUUGUUUUUUCACUUUUGGUGGAAAAAACCCUCCAUGCUAAUAUACAAUUAGUUUAUAUAAGCUGUUUAAAUUGUGUAUAGAAACUGACACUUAAAAAUAUAAAUUGAAAUAUAAAUUUCAAUAACAGAGCAUAGCUUUGUAAAGAAGAUUUGGCACUACAUAUUUGUGAUAUUGUUCACAAUCAAUAAUUAGAAGAAAAAAAUGAUGUAUGUUAAUGGAAUCAACAAAGGUAUUUUUUCACUGCACAGGUUAAUGUAAUUUUUUUUACCCAAAUGGUUUUUAUAAUUGUGCAUAAUCAAUAAUUAAAUAUUGUAGAAACCAAAGCUUGAAAUAAUCAAUGUUUAAUUUACUGCAAUUAUUUAAAACUACCAUAAGCCAUAUCAGAGGUGUGUUCUAGUUCACUUUUGAAAUAUCCUACUUGGUAAAAAGCCAGAGCUGAGGUUUUAAAAUAAUUGAGGUGCAUUUUAAAUUUUUUUACACAAUCAGAUUGCUUAUUAGUAUACAACAGCAGCAUUCCAAAAUUAAAUGUUGUUAAUCUUAAUGUGGUUGGUAAAGGUUCUUAUAAAUUGCUACUGUUGCUAUGAUCUAAAAAAUAAGUUUGAAAUUAAGCAAAACUUAUGGUAUGAAAAUGGCAUGGUACAUAUUGUGGUACAUUGUCUUGUGAUUGAUUUGUAUUUGUGUAUAGUUUAUUAUUUAUUGAUUCCAACGCCUGUCAACAGGGAAAAUAAUUCUGCUUUUUAGGGUGCCACAUUUUAACGUUGUAGCGCCUGUUCAGUGAAUAGUUUUUCAAUAAAUAUAUAUUUAAAUUUAAUAACAAAUUUUAUAUUUUCCCUAGAAAAUUUAUGACUUUUGCAUUUUACUUCCCAAGAUAACAAUUUCUUUCUAAAACAAAAAGGUCUUACUAUUUAAAAUUGUUUGGUUGAUUCCACCUUUGCUCAAUAACUUAACAUUCACAGUUGGCUGUUCAGGCUAAAAAUAAAACCUCUAGUUUCAACAACUGGCACUAAAAGAUGGGAUACUGAGAUAACUGCACUAGUCUGGCUUGGCCCUCAUUUCUCACAGUAGAACAUUAAAUAAUUAAUUUCAGCUAACAUAAAGUUCCAAAUUUUCAAAAGAAUUAGGUUUAUUGAAUGAUAAGUGUUUUACAACUACAAUGGAAUCUUCCCCACUAUGAUUUUUCUUUAACUUUACAAAUAUGUCCAAUAUAGAUCUUUU